AACGCGUUUAUUUUGACAAGAUUACUUCAAGAAUAUCUAAGUUAUGUUACGGUUUAAAUAUGGAGUUCAUUGAUCCUCCAAAAAUAUCACAAAAGGUUAUCAGUGGUAUGUAUCAAGGUGUUACAACUGUCGAACUAGACAACCUGGCAGCUGAGACAGCAGCUUAUUUGACGUGUAAUCAUCCGGACUAUGCUAUUUUGGCGGCUCGAAUUGCUAUAUCAAAUUUACACAAGGAAACGACGAAACAAUUCAGUGUUGUUAUCCAAGAACUUUAUGAUCACGUCAAUCCUACACGAAAAAUUCAUGUACCUUUAGUUUCAAAAGAAGUAUAUGAUAUUGUUAUGGAGAAUGCAGACAGGUUAAAUUCGGCGAUUAUUUACGAUAGAGAUUAUGCUUAUAACUAUUUUGGGUUCAAGACUUUGGAAAAGAGUUAUUUGAUGAAAAUCGAAGUUGUAGAAAGACCGCAGCAUAUGUUAAUGCGUGUGUCGAUUGGUAUUCAUGGAAAUGAUAUCGAUGCAGCUAUAGAGACUUAUAAUCUAAUGUCUGAAAAAUAUUUCACUCACGCGAGUCCUACUUUAUUUAAUGCUGAAAUUAGGGCACGCGACUUAUUUCUAGGACUUUGGAUUCCAGAUCUUUUUAUGAAAAUGGAGAAAAACGAGGAUUGGUCACUAUUUUGCCCACAUGAAUGCCCUGGUCUUGAUAGUGUUUAUGGUCAAGCAUUCGAUGAUUUAUAUACUAAAUAUGAAAAAGAAGGAAAGGCACGUAAAACAAUCAAGGCACAAAAGUUAUGGCUUGCUAUUGUUGAUUCCCAAAUAGAGACUGGGAUGCCUUAUAUGGUCUAUAAAGGUAAGAAAAAUCUUGAUCAAGUAUUGCCUUUAUUGAAGUAUACUGCCCCAGACGAAGUAGCAGUGUGCAAUCUAGCAUCAAUCUCACUUCCUAAAUUUGUUAAUGGCAAAACGAAGACUUUUGAUUUCGAUAAACUUCAUGAAAUAGCCAAAGUUGUCAUCAGAAACUUGAAUAAGGUCAUUGAUAAGAACUAUUAUCCUGUUCCUGAAGCUGAGAAAACUUUAAAUUUUAUAUCACGUUCAGGUCUCGCUGAUGCUUUAAUUAUGCUGCGUUAUCCAUGGGAAUCUGAAAAUGCACGUAAAUUAAAUCGUGAUAUAUUUGAAACAUUGUAUCAUGCCGCACUUGAAUCAUCAUGUGAAAUUGCUGCAAAGGAGGGUCCAUAUGCAACUUAUGAGGGAUCGCCAAUAAGUCAGGGAAUUCUUCAAUAUGAAAUGUGGAAUGUCGAACCGUCUAAUCGGUGGGAUUGGAUAAAAUUAAAAGCGGAUAUACGCAAGCAUGGAAUAAGAAAUUCAUUAUUAAUAGCACCAAUGCCAACUGCUUCCACUAGCCAAAUCCUUGGUAAUAAUGAAUGUUUUGAACCAUACACGAGUAAUAUUUACACGCGUCGUGUCUUAAGCGGAGAAUUCCAAAAUGAAAUAAUCGCUGCUAAUGGCUCUGUUCAAAGUUUUGAAGAGUUGGAUGAUGAUUUAAAGAAACUUUAUAAAACAAUUUGGGAAAUACCACAAAGGGUUCUUAUAGAUUUUGCAGCAGACCGAGCACCAUUCAUUGACCAAUCGCAGUCAUUGAACGUAUUUCUUUCUGAACCGA